ACAUUAUAUAUAUUAUAGUUUCCUAGAAAAUUUGCAUAACAACUUAACUCAACCAAUUCUAGAGGAGAGAGCACUAUGCUUUCUUGGCAAUGGACUCUGUUUUCACUUCUUCCUCUGUUUUUCACACUAAAUUCUGAAGCAAAUGACCAACUAGUUUUCCGCUACCACACAUGUAACCAAAAUCUCGGAAACUUCACCCAAGGUAGUAUCUACCAGAACAACCGUGACAACGUUUUGGCACAAAUAUAUUCCAACAAAGAAAUAAACUACGGUUUCUACAAUGUCUCGUAUGGCGAAGAACCUGACAGAGUAAACGCAAUCGGUUUAUGCAGAGGUGAUGUUAAUCCAGCCGACUGCCGUGAAUGCUUGAGAACCUCCGCUGUACUUCUAACCGAACGAUGUCCAAUACAGAAAGAAGCAAUUGGUUACUACGAUUUAUGCACCUUACGUUAUUCAAACAAUUCGCUGUUUGGUGUCAUGAAAACCGAAACAGGUUACGUUUAUAAUAUUGAAACCAAGACAGUGGUGGAUGAUUUGUUUAAUCAAACACUUAAUGUCUUGUUGGAUGAACUUAAAAGCGCGGCCGCGGAUGGUGACUCCCAACAUAAGUUUGCUGAAAAGAGUGUUAAAGUAAAUGAUGAAGGUAGUAGUAAUAGAAAUGAGACUAUAUAUGGUUUGGUUCAGUGUACACCAGAUUUGUCUAAGGACAACUGUACUAAUUGUUUGGAUACAGCUUUGGGACAAUUUUCAUAUUGGUGUAAACAAAUGAAAGGUUGUUUGUAUCUUGGACCAAGUUGUUCUGUUAGAUAUGAUAUCACUCCUUUCUUUGAGUCCAUAGUCAUGAACAAUACAGAUUCACCAGCAGGUCCAGCACCACAGCCUUCUCAAGCACUUACUCCUGCACUUUCCCCUAAAUCUUCAACUUCUGCUAUCUCCAUCAACACAUCUACGAGUAAAGGAAAGAGCACGAAAAUAAGAACGACAAUCGCUAUCGCUGUAGCAAUAGUUGUGGCUGGCAUACUAUUGGUGGGUUCAUGGAUUUGUUUGCGAAAGCGAAAACCAAAACCCGAAUACACGGCUGAAAUUGAAGGCCCAGAGAAAAAUGAAGAUGAAGUUGAUGAUGUUGAAGAGGAAGAAGUUGAAGCUGGUAAUGACCUUAAAGUUGGGGAUUUGUUGCAAUUUGACUUUGCAACCAUCAGAUUAGCUACAAGCAACUUCUCUGAUGCAAAUAAGCUUGGUCAAGGUGGAUUUGGUUCUGUUUACAAGGGUACGCUCUCUAAUGGACAAGAUAUUGCCAUCAAAAGAUUGGCUAACAAUUCUGAGCAAGGAGAAACCGAAUUUAAGAACGAAGUAUUGCUGACGGGGAAACUUCAACAUCGAAAUUUGGUUAAGCUACUAGGUUUCUGCUUACAAAGAAAAGAAAGACUACUGAUAUAUGAGUUUGUCUCCAAUAAAAGUCUUGAUUAUAUCAUAUUUGAUCCAAUCAAGCGUGCAAGUUUAAAUUGGGAAAGACGUUUCAAAAUCAUAAAAGAUAUUGCUCGUGGUCUUCUUUAUCUUCAUGAAGAUUCUCGAUUACAAAUUGUUCAUCGUGAUCUCAAAACAAGUAACAUUCUGCUAGAUGAAGAGAUGAAUCCAAAAAUUACGGAUUUUGGCAUUGCAAGAUUGUUUGAUCCAAAUCAAACUCAUGGCAUGACAAAGACCGUCAUUGGAACUUAUGGAUAUAUGGCACCAGAGUAUAUUAAACAUGGACAAUUCUCAGUCAAAUCAGAUGUAUUCAGUUUUGGCGUAAUCAUUUUAGAAAUUAUUUGCGGCCAAAGAAACACUGAGAUUCAAGAUGGGGAGAAUAUAGAGGAUCUAUUAGGCAUUGUAUGGAAAAAUUGGAAGGCAGGGACAAGUUUAGACAUUGUAGAUCCUAUAUUACACCAAGGUUUUAAUAAGAAUGAAAAAUUGAGAUGCAUCCAUGUUGGAUUACUUUGUGUUCAAGAAGAUAUAGUUGUGCGACCAAAUAUGAGUUCGGUUUUACUGAUGCUUAAUAGCACCACUUUCCCACUUUCUGAGCCUUCUGAACCUCCAUUUUUAAUGCAACCCAAAAGGGCAUUAUCUAUACACUUAAAUGAGCAAUAUUCAGAUCCCACAAAGUCAACUGAUUCAGGAUCAGGAAGUCAACCAACUCAAGGAUCAGCUACAGAUUAAUCAAUAAUAAUAGAUGAAUUAAGUGAUUGUGAAAAUCUUUUAUAACCAACUGAAUUCUGUCUUCAGUUGGAUUUGGCUUUUCAGACUUUAUUACUCUCUAUUUCAAAUUUUGUAACAUAAUGUAUUUAGUGAUAUUUUGCCUAUAGUUUAUUUUUUA